AUGGAUUUCUUAGGAAGUAAAAGCAAAAUUCAACAAGGAAGUAAACGUAAUGCAGGAAAUGGCACUCCUUUGGGAACCACAAGCUUAUCAACAACCAAUAAUUCAACAUUUGGAAAUACCACAGAUAGUGUAGCCAAGGUUACAUGGUGUAGUUAA